AUGGAUGGGUACAUGGAUGCAAUUGAUGAUGUCCCAGCUACAUCAAAGCGAAAAUGGACCACGGCUGAUAAUCCCCUUCUAGUGUGGUUAAGCGGUUGUGACGACUAUCUGGCAGAAAUGCUUCGGAUGGAUGGCCGAGGGGACUAUACUUUGGAUACUUGCUGCCAAUGUGGCUCUGAUCCCGCCCUGUUCCGAUGCGAUGACUGUUGUGACAUGCAGCUAUACUGCGGAGACUGCACUGUCUACAACCAUUUGUGGUGUCCCACUCAUCGCAUCAAGGAGUGGACGGGGUCAUUUUUCAUAGCUACAUCACUCAAGAAGUUCGGUCUGAGGAUCCAUCUGGGGCACACGACUGGUGAAAGUUGUAUCCUGCCUCGCAAGUCAUUCAAUGACAACUUCAUGGCGGUUGACUUCUGUGGCUGUGAAACCUCCCAGACUCAUACCAAACAGCUCUUGCGCAUGGGUUGGUUUCCCUCAACAACUGUGGAUCCAAGGACAGCGGCAACCUUCCAACUAUUACACCAUUACCAGAUUUUGUCUUUUGAGUCCAAGGCAUCCGUGUAUGAAUUCUAUCACUCGCUCGUCCGUAUAUCUAACAAUGUUGGUUUGAUUAAGAAGGACCGCUAUGAAUCCUUCAUGUGUAUGGUUCGUGAGUGGCGACACCUAAAAAUGUUGAAACAUUUUGGCUGUGGUCAUGAUCCAGUCAGUGUGAGUGGUACCAAAGAGGGCGAAUGCACCGUCCUCUGUCCAGCUUGCCCACAGCCUGGCAAGAAUCUACCCCCUGACUGGAAAGAAGCGCCAAAAGCCAAGCAAUCUAUUCGUUGUUCAGUAGCUAUUGAUGCCAAUUUUCACUUGAAGAGACGGAAUAUUUCCAGCGAUGAAGUGGACCCAAGUCUCUCAGAGGGAUGGCCAUACUUCAUAGAAGAGAAGAAGUUCAAGUCGCACCUCAAGGAGCAUUUGUCCGAGACACAGGAGAAAAGUUCCUGCUCGAACCAUAAUGCCGUGAAUAUGGCUGAGACAAAGCUAUCACAGGGCCUUGCAGCUACUGGAGUAGGGACAGUCAAUUGCGUGCAACAUAACUUCAAGCGCCCAAAUGGUGUCGGGGACCUACAAAAAGGGGAAAAGUACAUUAACAUGGACUACCUUUUUUUCUCCACACUCCGCAACAGCCAUCUCGACGUUCUGAAUGUGUCAUAUGACAUCGCGUGUCAAUGGCACAAGAAUCUAUGGAGUCGCAUGAAGUCACUAUCUGAAUCAUACCAUAUAUCUUAUUUGUGUAUUUUUAUUCGGUUCUUCAUCCCCAAGUUCCACCUUCCGGCACACGUCAACAAGUGUCAGACAUUGUUCUCUUUCAAUUUACGCGCGCCUGAACGUGGCUGCACGAAAGCAAUGGGACCUGGCUGUCGUAGGGACACAUUAGACAAUCAUUUCAGGGAUUGGAACUGGAAAAAAGUUGUCGGCUUAGGUAUGUGGUUUACGCUCACUUAUUAUUCUUGCGCAUCUCUCGCCUAUAAAAUGCGGGAAGCUGUCAUUGAGAAGGCUGAUCACGAGGCUGCAUUCCAGGAGUUCAAUGCUGCGAUUUCCCCUGACCACAGGUCAGCAUGGACAGUUGAGAUAGAGAAAUGGGAGGAAAACCCGAAUGACACGUCACUCACUAACCCCCUCGAGUGCAAUGUUCUUAUCGCGUCAGGAUUAGACCUUGAGGAGGAGCAACGUUGUGUGAGAGCAGUAUCCAAAGGGAUGGGUCUCCACGUUUAUGAUAUGCAGAAGGGCACACUCACACGAAUGAGGAAUGUCCUGCAUCGUAAAAUCGAGACAUGGAGAAGUGCGCAGGUUCUGUACAUGCCUGCAGUGCAGAUUCUCACUGCUACUGUGGUUCCCGACCCUCGUCAGCCAUUUGAGAGUGCUGAGGACAUCCGCCUGUGGUUACCGUCUAAUCUGAAAGGCAAACCAUGUGAUUCCCGACUUCGAGAUCAUGAAUGGGAUUUGCAGUAUGCACAGGCCCACGAUGCGCUUGAAGAGCUUCGACAGUGCCUUCGCGUGCACUGCUCUAUGCUUACGUUCAAGCAGGAGUGGGUUCGUGGUCAAGGCGCCAACACCCGUGCUCAGAAUGCACUUGCUCGUGUCCACAUACGGCAGGUGGCAUGCACAAAGAGAUACAGAGUUGCAUGGGAGGCGCUGAAGACCUUGGCACCCCUCUUGAAGAAGGUGGGAUGGCGAGGACGCCUGCAAGACCUGAAGGACAAAGAUGUGAAACCAUUAGUGGACCCUUUCAGCAGAGAGACUGAAGGUCGCUGUCGCCUGACAUGGAUCUGGAUGAUGACGGGUGUGGAUACAGGUAGCGAUGGAGGUGACGUGGAUGCAAGAGCAAUGCGCUGGGCAGAGGAGAUAGAAUUGUUACAGGAGGAGAUGCGAAGGGUGCUACAGUUUUUCGAUUGGCAAGCCAACUGGUGGGACGAGCAGCAGGACCGACUCGUCUGUGAGACAGCGGCUCAACGCAAGGGCUUGAUAGCAUAUGCUAACAAACAGGCACACAUUCGAUGUCAGCUUGCAUCACGCUUUAGAGUGCUGUGGGCUUCGUACCUUCCCCAGAUAUCCCCUCCAAGCUCGAGCCUCAUAUCAGGCGCCAUACCCUCACUGGAUGACAUGCAAUUCCCCGACCUCAUGCUGCCUACUUCAUGUGCCUAG